AAUUGAUAUCACAACAUUCAGAUAUGGGGUAAAAUGACAAAAGGACCACAAGAAACCGUCAACCCUCGAACCAGACUUAGAAUCAAUCACCUUCAAAAAAGCAAUAUGACUCGCUGAUGCUAUAAUGGGCAUAAAUGAGCCAACGACGUACGAAAAAUAAAUAUCAAGCAAACGGUAAAAUUAAAAUGCUGCUUCCAAACCCUAGACUCUCCUGCACUCCAUCGUGGCGGUUCAGGAGGGGGACGGUCCAGCAGUACUGCAACUUCUUCCUUUUUUUGCCUCUUAUUCAUCAUGAUCUCUACCAAGCCUCCUUUGUCGCCACCUAACACGGAUGCCCUCAAAUCUAGAUCUGUUCCAGCCCCUAGCUUCACGCUUCGUCCAUAACCUUUCACUACUAAAAAACUGACUUACAGUGACACUUAUUUAGUGACACUAUAACAUCACUCUGAUAUUUAUGACAUAUAUGUGUCAUUGUUUUUGGUAUAUUAUUAUUAUUAUUAUUAUUAUAGAAUAGUGACACUUGCUCAUACUGAAAGCUAGUGCGGUAGUAAUGCCGCCGGUGGAAGGACCAGUCCCGGUGACCUCGCAGGCGAAGACUUCCUAUGCAUCGGUGGUAAGGGAUCCUAUCCCAGGCCAUCGAUUCCAUUCUUAGGGUUGCUCACUUUCCAACGCAGCUGAGUUGGGAUCGUCUGGAACCGUCAAGGGCUUCCCGUCCAUUUCCUUCUCUCAAAAUGACUUUCAGAUUCUUUCCCUCCCAUUCCUAUACGCCAUGGUCGGUACUUUUCCCUUCGGACGCCCCCUAUCCCUGCGAUUCGUAAGGCUUUUGAAAUGUUAGGGUCUGCUCAAUCUUAUUCGGUUGGUUUGCUCCAAUCGAACAUUGUUCUAAUCAAUUUUAAGUCCGACCUUGAUUUCCAAAAAAUGGGACUCUCCCUAGCCCCCGUCUGGAUUUCCCUUGAGGGACUCUCAAUCCAUUUACGUGAUUUAAGGGCUCUAAAUCCAUUUGAUGACCUGGCCGGGAAAGGAAGGGACGAGUCUGACGGUCUGGGUUUUCUUGGGUUGCGACGGCACCGGCACACUGCUUCCAAACUUGCAGCUUCAUCUCGAAGACCGAGAUAUUUUAUAGUUUUCAAUUUGUAGCUCCACACCUCUUUCUAUCUUAUUACCUUCUUUAGUUUUAAUUCUUUGUUUUUAACCUAAAAAUUAGGAUAACUUGAAAAUCUAACCUGAUUUGUUUACAAAAUUUUUAUACCGUAUUCUUUAGCUUGUUGACAGAAUGAGGGGCGGAAGAUGUUUUAGUGUUUUUGCAGGUCUUGUAAGGCUCCUGAGAAAAAAGAGUUUUCGGUCUUCCAGAUUGCUCCUUCGGGUCCUUUGAGGAGCCAUGUGACUAAGCAGGGUAGCCUUAACUGAUCUUCGCCUUGCAUAUGCAAUCUAUGACCUAAAACGGAAAGACGCUUAAGAUUAUGUAUCUAUCUACAGAGUACAAAGCCAUGAUAAAAGUCAUGCACACUUUUCAUAGAGUGUCCACUCAGCAGUCUUUGCACAAGGUAUCAUAAUAAAUUUGGAGUUUUAUCGAUUGUUGAUAAAGAAGGUUUAAAUGUUAGUUUAGGGAAUUUCUAUUUUGACUGCACACCUCUGACCAGUUUCUUACAUCCCCUUAUUGGAAUAUCUCAUUUCUUAUUUUAUCUCUCAUUGGGUUUUGUCCUCAAUUUUUUUCAUGGGGAAAUGUUUUACAUUUUCCAUGCCUUUCCCCAGCAAAACUAAAACAUGUCUGGGGUUGAGCAUUACCUAAGAUGUAGGAUAAAGAGUUCCUAAGCAGAGAGCAAGAUGGUGAGGUGUUAACAUAAUGCAGCUUUAACAAUGUCUUGUUGUUUUUACAUCCAAGAUUUAAAUCCACAACCCAAUGGUAAACGAUCGAACACUUUUCUAGCGCAACAAAUCCAACCUUUAGAAAGUAAAUAUGGGAUCACAUUCUCAAUGAAUAUCCUCUUCCCAUUGGGAAACUGUAGAUCUUUCAAAAUAUAAAAAUUAAGGCACUCUAUAACCUAUUACAUACACUGGGAGACCACAUUGUGUGUUUAUUUUAAUAAACACUUAUUAUCAUUUAUUCUUGAUUAAUCUUCAUUUAGACUAAUUUUUAUGCUACAUAAUUUUAUGCUUGAAAAGUACUUUGCCUUGACAGGAAAGGCCUAUUACAAGGAAUGUGCAAAUCUAAGGCCUUGUUUGGUAGCCAUUACUAGCUUAUUCUAUAAUUCACUUGGCUGCAGGCUAUGUUCAACCAGAUAUUGAGUAGUACUCUAAAGACUUGUUUUAUUGGAUUUUUUGGUGAUGCUAAGGCUAUGUUCAACCAGAUAUUGAGAAGUACUCUAAAGACUUGCUUCAUUGGACUUUUAUGGUGAUACCAGGAACUAUGAUGUCUA